AAGUCUCUGAGAAUAGACCUAAGAAUUUUGGAGGGUAUUCAAACAGUAAUACUGUCGAUAAACGGAUUGUAGCGAUUAGCUUAAAUAAAUGUGGGAAGAUGGACAGCUCUAACGUUCAACUUAUUUAAUUUCCUCUCCUUCCAAUUCAAUCAAUUCCGGCCGGCGUCGUCCGGCGUCGUUCGUUUAAUUGAAUAUAAGUUCUAGCCUCUAAAUCCAUGUCCUUCGACGCAAUGAAUAUCUCGGGACAUUAUAACACAUUUAUCAAAUGGAAGAAAAUAUUUGCGGAAAAUAAAAAAAGUUUGUCCGUACUUAACCACAACAAUUUUGUAUAAUAGUGAUUGUUGGGUGAGCGAUCUGGGUUGUGUAAGAGGAGUGGUUGAGGAGGGCUGGUGGCGAUGAGGGGUGAUGAGAGAGGGUGAGGAGCGAAUGAGGGGGCCCGAAAAAAUACGACACAAAUGGUUCACACCCUAUUUGAGUAUAUCAAGUCACUGUUUAUUGUAAUAUAUAGUUAAUCUUUAAUUGAGAUACAAUGAUGAGCGGCACUGAUUUUAUUAAUUGAUUAUGAGCUGAAUUUACUAAUGAGCAACCGAGAAUUACACGGUACGGUGAGAAAUUUAAUAUUGAGAAUAACUAGAGCGCCCCGAUACACGUGUUCACAAUGUGAUGUCCGGAAGACGAGAGAGCGAUUUUGAGAGAGGUCACGGCCGAGAACAAUCAGAUCGAUGGCACGUGACCCCUUUCGAGUGGUCAAAGGGCGUGUUUCCGGGGUUGAUGCCUCCGGAAAGUGGCGCCCCAAUGAGGCAAAAAUGCCAAAAGGUCCCCUGGCAACAGUGGGUUGUUUUGGGCCAGGAGUCGAACGGUCAUCGGUUGUAGAGCGCGGCGGAAGGGGAGGCUGGGAUUUAGCCGGAUUCCCAACAGUGAUGUUUUAUUAUAUAAAAUGUGGAAAUGUAGACGUUUUUUCAACUGUAUAGAAAAAAGAAGUUUAUGUGAAGCAAAUGUGGCAGAAAAAUUCUGCAGGUUGCACUUCUAUACGAAGUGUCAGGAAGAACAGUAUUUCCUUGUGGGGGAGGAGACAUUGCUCUACAAGAAAGAAAAUAGACCAAUCACUGAUCUUUUCUCUCAAUAGACAACAUAUGCAAACGAGGUGGGGUGAAAAAAGGACAACUGGAGCAUCCUUCCCCAUAAGUUAUUCAUAGCAUCCGCACGCAAGUCAAAUUUUCAAAAGCGUGGAAAACUCAGCCCUUCCUCCAAACUAGGAAGGCAUCAAGGAACUUCAUAAGAAUAGUUUGACUACAUUCAUUUUUUUGCGGCAAAAUUACAUAAAGUCAACUGAACUUAUCUCUUAAACCCAGUGGAAGUUCAGUGCUUCCAAUAAGCAAUAAACCUGGAAGUUUCAAACCCAAACUAUGACUAUCCGAUAAAGAUGAAAAAUGAAAAUGAAAUAAAAAUAGUGAAGAAUAAUAGUGACGAGAAAAGGCUAACUGAGAAAAUACUGAAAAAAGUAAAACUUUGGCAAUGUGCAAAAGAUUGACAAGAAGAAAAACUCGUACAUACAGUUAAGUGAUAAAUCACCCCGUAGCACACAGAUGAAUUUAACAUUAUGAAUGUGAAUAAAAAAAACUGAAGUCAUGUAAGUGUAUAUCAAGGAAAAAAGUGCGGAUUAAUAUGUUUGUAGACCAUCUGGAUAUUUUCAAUUAAGUAAAUGAUGAAAAUAUGCCCGCUCAAAAUCCAAAUGUGGUACGAAGAACAACAACAGAAACGUAGUAUUAAGAAUGCUCAUAUAUCAAAGGGAACAGGAAGAAGUACAGGCUCGCGAAAAACAUCUACAACUCGGGGAAAAAAAGAAGGCAGAAUGUAUCGCCGGUAAGGAAAGGCGACUACCGGCUCAGAAAACAGAGGUGAUUUCGAACUCGUGAGUUCGACAAAAGUUGAUCCGAGAACCAUACAUUGGUGAAAAUCAUCCAUGAGACAGUAUCAAAUGCAGAUUCAUCAAUCGAGAUCAUUCCAAACACUUCAUCAAAAGUAAUAUAAUCUUGGAGCUUAAUGCGCCUUCAAAACAUAUCAACCCAACGUCAACACGAGAUUGAUCAAAUUGACGCGGAAUCGGAGCAGCGCAGCAAUCACCAGGAAGAAUUGACCCGCCUGUCUCACUUUUGUCCCAUUAUCGACCAGCCACAAGGAGGGAGAGGGCAUACCUCAGCGCAGCCAACGAGUGCCUGCGGUGGGAUGACCGAGAGGGCGAGAUCCUCGAACGCGAGGACAUCUUCGGCACUUCGCGUGCUCCAUGCCAGGGCAAAGGCCGGGCUGACGGAGGACGAUCAAGAACCCUAUAUGGGUGGAGAGCAGCGGACGGGAGGAGUUGGGCCACACACCCCCAGAAUGAAGUGUGUCCGUGCUACCAGGCGCGAGCCCUGGAUGCCGGAAGGUGAAGACGAGCAGCCGUUCGCUCUUUACGACGUGGAGGAUGCCCGGAGUACGACGUGGAGGAUGCUCAGGGUUAUCUUCAGCAAGCAACCGCCCCAGCUCGACCUGACUGAGGAAGAGGACUGGACCCUGGAACACUGGAACUGAACCCUAAAAAAUAAUAAAAAUAGCCUCCUUCAAUCUUAAAUUAAAAAAAAUGUAUUUCAAUUUCAGGCUGAUCUUGAAUAAAAAAAAAACAGAGUAAAACUUUAUUUCUGUCUAUUAAGAAACAUAUCCCAAAAAUUU